AUGAACGAGACUGACAAAGGACAACCAUUCUUAGGUCCGAACUUGAAUGUCACGCUUACAUGUCCCGAUUGUAAGAUUCAUCCUCCAGACUGGAUUGAGAGAUUCAGCGACGGGGACAUUGUUUGUGGAAAUUGUGGCUUGGUGUUGAGCGAAAGAAUAAUUGAUACAAGGUCCGAAUGGAGAACAUUCUCCAAUGAUGAUCAAAACGGGGAAGAUCCGAGUCGUGUGGGAAAUGCCGGUAAUCCUUUGUUUGAUUCCGAAGACUUGUCCACCUUGAUAUCACAUGUACGUGGAAAGAACAAUAGAGAAUUGAACAGAGCACAGCUUAAAUCGGACAAGAAGGACAUCACCUUGUCCGUAGCGUAUGCAAAGAUUUCGCAGUUGUGCGAUGGCUAUCAGCUCCCUAAGAAUGUGCAAGAUAAUGCCAAGGAGGUUUAUAAGUUAGUUUAUGAAGAAAGAAGUCUCAGAGGAAAAUCUCAAGAAGCCAUUAUGGCAGCAGCUAUUUUAAUAGGAUGCAGAAAAGCAUCUGUAGCAAGAACGUACAAAGAAAUAUCGGCCCUAACUAAUGUGUCACCAAGAGAAUUUGGUAAAGUUGUCAUAAUCACGAAUAAGAUUCUUCAAGAAAAGAACGAAUUGAUUCCUAGCAAUUACUCUAUUCAAGAUAACAUGCAUACUACGCAAACUUUAGCUGAAGAUUUAAUCAAAAGAUUCUGUUCGCACUUAGGUCUUUCUUCUGAAGUCACCCAUGCUGCUGAAUAUAUUGCCAUGAAGGUUAAGGAAACUGGAGUUUUGGCUGGUCGAUCUCCAGACACCAUUGCCGCCACUGUUAUAUAUAUGGCUGCAACUGUGUUUGGAACUGACUUAUCACCUUCGAAGAUCGCAGAAAAGACUGGGGUGAGUGACGGAACCAUAAAGACGUCGUACAAAGUGAUGUACGAGGAAAGGCAGAAACUAAUCGAUCCGUUAUGGACUGAGAGCGGAAAGUUAAAUUAG